CCUUAAGACCAAUUAAAACAAAGAAUUCUUUGUCACCUACAUAAUAUUAUAAAAAAAAAGGACCUUUGCCCUGUUUCCUCUGGAAUACAAACAAAAAUUAAAACGUCCAAAUUUAUAGAGAGCAAUGUUCCAAAGUUAAAAAGCCAAUCUUUCUUUUAUUCACCGACAGCGAAACAACUCUUCCUGUUAAGAAUGAGCAGACAUCACUAUUCGGCUGAAGCACACACUCACUACUACUACUCCUGAGACGAAUUUGACAAUUAAUUACUAGAAUGGAAGGAAUAUUUUCUAGGAUAGCGAUACAAUUACUUAUUUUAUUAGUAUUAAUUUACAAAAAUCUUUCGUCAGAAAGAAAUGGAAACUGGUGUUCCUAUCAAGUUUCUAAAACAGUAACAUGCAAAGAACCCAAUGGAACAGAAACAUUUAUUGGUCGCCAUUGGCAAAGAUGUUGGUAUUGGCCUUAUCCAGAAACGUGCGGAGGUACAUAUAGAAUACUUAGACGUCCUAAAUAUAUAAUUACUUACAAGACAGUGAAUGAAACUGUGUGGAAAUGUUGCCCUGGAUAUUCUGGUCCAAAUUGUCAACAAGGUUGUUUCAACUGUACUAAAUUUGAACAACUAGAGAAAAGAUUGUCUUCUUUAGAAACAAAGGUUUUCAGAAAUAAUUUGAAUCCAGAAGUAUCAAAUCCAACAAUCACUUAUAAUAUUCUUCCAGAAGAAAAUGAUAAUUUUAAAUCUGAUUUUCCUGAUAAUCCUUCACACAAAACAACAAAAACUUUCACAAUUUCUACUGGAACAGAAUGUCCUUGUGUUCAAGGUCCACCUGGUCAAAUUGGUUAUCCUGGAGAAAGGGGACCACAAGGAAUACCUGGUGAAAAAGGUGAACGAGGACUUAAGGGAGAAUCUGGAAUUCCUGGGCUUCAAGGUCCUCGUGGUGAAAGAGGAUAUCCUGGACCUCCUGGAAAGUUAUAUGAUCAAAAUAUUGAUGAAAAGACAAAAAUUCAAAUUGGUUCACCUGGACCACCUGGUGAACCUGGAUUGCCAGGGCUUGAAGGCAGACAAGGUCUUCCAGGUAAAGAUGGUCUUCCUGGGUUAAGAGGACUUCCAGGCCAGCCAGGAAUUCCAGGACCACCAGGUCCAAAAGGUGAUCAAGGAUCUGAAGGACCGCCAGGUCGUCCUGGUGAUACAGGUCUUGUUGGACUUCCUGGACCACCUGGUGCAGUAGGACCACCAGGUCCUCCUGGCCCAUCAAUUUUUGGAAUCCGAGAAAGUAGAUUAGACAAUACAGAUCUACCAGACUUGGAAUUGACAGAGGAUACAUCAUUACCAGUAGCUCUUCUAGAAGUAUUACAAAAACUUCGAGAUGAAUUAGAUACACUUGAAGCUCGAGUUACAAUUUUGGAGGAACUUUUACCAAAAAUUCUUGAAUUGAAGGAUAAAACUACUAUAAUCAGAGAAGAUUCAGUAUCACCUGUGGAAGGUAGAUUUCCAAGCAUAUCAGCUGAAGAAAACAUAAUCCAUGGAGGUGGAAUAGGAGGAGGUACAGGAACAGGUGGAGGAACUCAUAUUCGAAUACCAGGAAGUCCAGAGUUUCCACACGUAGAUACAGGAGUAGAAGCUGUUAGUAAUGUAAUAAGUAGUGGCAGCACAUUUAGACAAAGAGGUGAUAUGCCAGUGAACAUAAAUACAAUGCAAGGAGAUGAGAGUAAAGAUACUGUCGUAAAUGAGAAUGGAAAAUCUGAAAAUUUUUCAAAUUCUUUAGGGAUUGUAAAAUCAGAAAAUAAAGACAAUUUUUUUAAUGUUACAGAAAAAAUAGAAUCUAAUUUACCAAAAGAAAAUCAAGAACUAAAUCAAAAUGACAAUAUAAAUAAUUAAAAUUUAUACAAAAUUAAAAUUAUUCUUUAGUAGUAAAAUUUGAAGUGAUA